AUGGCGUCAGAAGGAGCAGGAGCAGCCGGAGCAUCAGGAGCUGAGCUGAAGCUGCAGUUUGCUCCCUUCAGUAGUGCCCUGGAGGCCGGCUUCUGGCACCAGCUGACCCAGAAGAAGUUGAACGAAUACAGACUGGACGAGAGCCCCAAGACCAUCAAAGGGUUCUACUACAACGGUGAUCCCGUGGGCCUACCGACUCGACUCACUCUGGAGUUCAGUGCUUUUGAUGUUGAUGGACCCACUCCCGCUCGCUGCUGCUCAGCCUCAGGAACCCUGUACAACACAAACACCUUGGACGCUUUCAAAGCCACCGAUAAGAAAGCCAUGUUGGAAAAGCAAGCUAACGAGAUAUGGGAUGCCAUCCAGUCUGGAGCUGCAGUAACCGACCCAUCCAUUCUGUGCAGAUUUAUCCUCCUCACUUUUGCAGAUUUGAAGAAGUAUCAUUUUUAUUACUGGUUCUGCUUCCCCGCUCUCUGCUUCCAAGAGGGAAUAAAGCUACUUCAAGAGCCGAGAGUCAUCGAAAAAGUAUUCUCAUCCAAACAGAUCUCAUCGCUGCAGCAGACGUACGACUCACUGUGUUUGCUAAAGGGCACAACAGCAGUCCCGUACUUUCUACUGAAAUACAGUGAGGACUUGGUGGAGAUGGCUGACCUGAAGGACUGGGACACUUUCUUUGGAGACGCUAAGAAGGUCUCAGUGGGCGUUUACGAUCCGUGUACUCUGUCCCUACAUCCGGGCUGGCCCCUGAGGAACCUGCUGCUUCUUAUCGCUUACAGAUGGGGCUCGAGGCUGGAGGAGCUGGAGGUCCUUUGUUUCAGAGACCGGACGUUACAGGGCAGUCGCUCCAUCAGGCACAGUGUACUCCUCCAGCUCAAACUGCCUUUUCUCGCCUCCAACUCAGCCUUUCCCAAGAGUGUGGGCUGGGAGAAGAACCCCAAAGGAGCCAUGGGACCAAGGAUGGUGAAUCUGAGUGAAUGCAUGGACCCAAAAAGACUGGCAGAGUCUUCUGUGGACUUGAACCUGAAGCUGAUGCGCUGGAGACUGGUUCCUUCUCUGGAUCUGGACAAAGUGAUCAACACCAAGUGUCUGCUGCUGGGAGCGGGAACUCUGGGCUGCAACGUGGCCCGAACCCUCAUGGGCUGGGGCGUCAGACACAUCACGUUUGUGGACAAUGCUAAGAUCUCCUACUCAAACCCGGUCCGUCAGCCUCUGUAUGAGUUUGAGGACUGUCUGGGAGGAGGGAAGCCCAAGGCCACAGCUGCAGUGGACCGACUCCGCAAGAUCUUCCCCGGAGUGAUCGCAGAGGGCUUCAGCAUGAGUAUCCCGAUGCCCGGUCAUCCCAUAGACUUUUCUGAGGCCACAGUGUCCCAGGCCCAUAGGGACGUGCAGCACCUGGAGGAUCUCAUCUCUAAACACGACGUGGUCUUCCUGCUCAUGGACACGAGGGAGAGUCGCUGGCUGCCCACAGUCAUCGCUGCCAGCAAGAGAAAGCUGGUUAUAAACGCUGCUCUCGGCUUCGACACGUUCGUGGUGAUGCGUCAUGGUCUGAAGUCCGUCACCAACAGCGUCUCCUCCACUUCCUGCUCCUCCUCCGCCACUUCCUGUGCAUCCACUCCAAGCUCGGCCCCGUCCGCUACAGGCUCUGCCCCCUCUGCUCCAGGCCACACCCCCUCUACUCCAGGCUCCUCCCUCUUCUCAAACAUCCCCGGACACAAACUUGGCUGCUACUUCUGCAACGAUGUCGUAGCUCCGGGAGAUUCAACGAGGGACCGCACCCUGGACCAGCAGUGCACCGUGAGCCGUCCGGGACUUGCCAUGAUCGCUGGAGCUCUAGCCGUGGAGAUGAUGGUGUCCAUACUACAGCACAGCGAAGGUGGAUAUGCCGUGGCCAGCAGCAGUGACGACAGGAUGAAUGAGCCGCCCACCUCCCUCGGCUUGGUGCCACAUCAGAUUCGAGGCUUUCUCUCCAGAUUCGACAACGUUCUCCCGGCGAGUUUGGCCUUCGACAAGUGCACCGCUUGCUCGCCCAUCGUCUUGGAUCACUACGAGAGAGAGGGCUUCCAGUUCCUGUCCAACGUUUUCAAUUCCUCCCACUCGUUCCUGGAAGACCUCACAGGGCUAACCCUGCUGCACCAGGAGACCCAGGCGGCCGAGAUCUGGGACAUGAGCGACGACGAGAGCAUCUAA